CAAAAUAAAACGACGCACCAUGGACCCUAGUGUGGGAAACAACGUGAAUGGAAUAAGAAGGAGCAAAGAGGAAAAGAAAAUUCUUAAAAGACAAAUAAAAGCCAGUUACACUCUCUUAAAACAUGAAGGCAUCACCACCACAUCGCAGCCCACCAAGAAUUUGGUGGUGGCUAACGGCGGCCUGGGGAAUGGCGUUAGUCGAGAGGAGCUGCUGUCAGCGCUGAAAGAGAUGGGAGAGCUGGAGACGCUUCUCAUGCACCCUAAAAGGCCUUUCGCUUUUGUAACAUACAGGUGUGAAGAGAGCGCUCAGAAAGCGUACGUCCACCUCAAUGGGCAGAAGCUGCAAUGUGGAGAGAACAGUGUCACACUCUACCUUGGUUAUGUCCACUCAGUAACUUGUGAGGAGGAGGCGUCUGUUUCGUUGCCGGAGGGAUUAACCAUAGUGGAAGAUUUUGUGUCCCAAGAGGAAGAGGAUCUGUUGCUCGCUGCUGUUGACUGGUCAUCUACAAAUGAUGAUGUCUCUGCUCAAAAAUCUCUGAAGCACAGAAAAGUCAAACAUUACGGGUUUGAAUUUCGCUACGACACGAACAACGUUGAUAAGGACAAGCCCUUAGCUUCAGGUAUUCCUCAGGAGUGUCUUCCUGUCCUGGAGCGAUGUGUGAAGAAAGCACACAUCAACAUCCUGCCAGACCAGCUGACAGUCAACCAGUAUGAGUCUGGACAGGGUAUUCCUCCUCAUGUGGACACUCACUCUGCCUUCGAGGACACAAUUCUGUCACUGAGCCUGGGGGCCCGGACAGUGAUGGAGUUUCGUCAUCCUGAUGGUCAUCUUGUUCCAGUGGUGCUGCCACCGCGGAGCCUCCUGGUGAUGAAAGGAGAGAGCAGAUACCUCUGGACGCACGGGAUUACUCCCAGGAAGUAUGACAUGGUGCCGGCCUGCGACCCACAAUCCCCCGCUCAUAAGACAGCUGAAGUCGGGACCCCUAGCAAUCUCACUUUGAGAAAGAGGGGCACUCGCACUUCUUUCACUUUCCGCAAAAUAAGACACAAACCGUGUGACUGUGCCUUCCCCUCUGCCUGUGACAGUCAGGGGGCUACACCUCCUCCCCCCUUGCUCCCUUGUUCCCAUGCUGACGCAGCCCUUCUAGAGGAGGAGUAUGUGCAUCGGGUGUAUGACGCCAUCGCCUCCCACUUCAGCAGCACUCGUCACUCCCCCUGGCCUCGUGUUUGCCACUUCCUGACCUCGCUCCCUGCUGGCAGCGUGCUGGCUGAUGUGGGCUGUGGAAAUGGGAAAUAUCUGGGUGUUAACCCAGAUGUGAUUUCUGUUGGUUGUGACCGUAGCAGUGCUCUGGUCCACAUCUGUGCAGAGAGAGGUUUCCAGGCAUUUGUAUCUGAUGCUCUUAGUGUCCCACUGCGAACAGCCUCCUGUGAUGCUUGCAUCUCUAUUGCCGUCAUACACCACUUUUCCACACAGGACCGUCGACUGGCAGCAGUGAGGGAGCUGGUGAGACUUUUGAAGCCUGGAGGUCGAGCGCUCAUCUAUGUCUGGGCUUUUGAGCAAGAGUACAACAAGCAGAGGUCCAAGUACCUUAAAGACCAGAACAAGGAGGGCUCUGAUAUCCACAGCCCCACCAAAAACACAUCAGAAGAGAGCCAAGAGCCUCAUGGGAAAUCAAGCCGACAUCUAGAAGACGACAACAGACCUGUUGACAAGAUGCAAGAUGAUUCCAAAGUGACUGAUGGCAAACUUAGUGUGCACACUAACCGCACAGCCUUCAACACCCAGGACCUUUUGGUUCCCUGGCAUCUCAAAGAGGGGAAAAGACGAGGGGAGGAAGAACCAGUAGAGACUGGGAGGAAGGACAAAAUGAAAGACGAUUCCAAAAAGACUUCUGAAAAGUCCUGCCCCACUACCAGCAAAGACUCUAAACCUAUUCCUAGUAUCGGCACUACCCAGUCCUCCACUGUGAAACCAAAGUCGGAGUCUGACAGCAGCCCAGCGCCAGUUUUUCACCGCUAUUACCACGUGUUCCAGCAGGGGGAGCUGGAACAGCUGUGUGGUCAGGUGGCUGGAGUCAAAGUGCAGAGCAGCUACCAUGACCAGGGAAACUGGUGUGUUAUAUUAGAAAAAGUUGAUACCCUCUAAUUUAAGAUCAUUCAGAUACAAUGUAAUGAACCAAUUAAGAACGUUUUAAUUGUUAAAGGUCAGAGGAGAGAAAAUGGAACAGACAUGCCAUCAAAUAAAGAUAAAGAUUUACAAAACCCCUUCCUUAAUUGUGCACUUGAGUGAUUUCUUGAUAGUAUGUGGAGGUGACAUAUUACAGAGUGGAAAAAGCCGACCUUCAUGGUCAAUCGAUAGACUGCAAAAUCGAUCAUAAACUUCAAUUAAUGUCAACUCAGUGGUAAACAGCUUGUUCCUAAGUUUUAAAGUUGAAGGGCCAAGAUGCAAUGUGGCAUUUUAGGAAGGAGGGAUUUGUUCACAUUCAAAUAUAUGUUUCCCUCCCAUUUAUACAUUUGUCUGACAAAAGGAGCAUCUCAAUGUGGUUCAUGUCCAAAUGAUGUAUUUUUUAACAUUAAUAAAAGCAUGUUAAAACGUU